CUGCAUCUGCCACACUCACUACAGAACCUGCAAUUAAGAGGAGGAUUCCAACCCACAAAAUGACAGAAGAUAAGGUCACCGGGACCUUGGUUUUUGCUGUCUUCACUGCAAUGCUGAGUUCCUUCCGGUUUGGAUAUGACAUUGGUGUGAUCAAUGCACCUCAACAGGUAAUAAUAACCCAUUAUAGACAUGUUUUGGGUGUUCCGCUGGAUGACCGAAAAGCUAUCAACAACUAUGCUAUCAACAGUACAGAGGAACUGCCCACAAGCCCACUCCUAGGGGACCCAACACCAACCCCUUGGGCUGAGGAAGAGACUAUGGCAUCUGCUAGCCUCAUCACCAUGUUCUGGUCCCUGUCUGUGUCCAGCUUUGCAGUUGGUGGAAUGAUUGCAUCAUUCUUUGGUGGGUUGCUUGGGGACCAGCUUGGAAGAAUCAAAGCCAUGUUGGUAGCAAACAUUCUCUCAUUAGUUGGAGCUCUCUUGAUGGGGUUUUCGAAAUUGGGACCAUCUCACAUUCUUAUAAUUUCAGGAAGAAGCAUAUCAGGACUCUAUAGUGGGUUAAUUUCAGGCUUGGUUCCAAUGUACGUUGGUGAAAUUGCUCCAACCACGCUCAGGGGGGCUAUUGGUGCUCUUCACCAGCUGGCCAUUGUCAUCGGCAUUCUUAUCAGCCAGAUCGUUGGCCUUGACUUCAUCCUGGGCAAUCGUGAGCUGUGGCACAUCCUGCUUGGUCUGUCUGCUGCUCCAGCUCUUCUCCAAUCUCUGCUGCUCUUCUUCUGUCCAGAAAGCCCCAGAUACCUUUACAUCAAGCUGGAAGAGGAAGCCAAAGCAAAGCAAAGCUUGAAAAGACUCAGAGGAAAUGACGAUGUCACCAAAGACAUCACUGAGAUGAGAAAAGAAAGGGAAGAAGCAUCAAGUGAAAAGAAAGUCACCAUAAUACAGCUCUUCACCAAUUCCAGCUACCGACAGCCUAUUCUAGUGGCAUUGAUGCUGCAUGUGGCUCAGCAAUUUUCUGGAAUCAAUGCGAUAUUUUACUACUCAACCAGCAUUUUUCAGACAGCUGGAAUCAGCCAACCUGUUUAUGCAACCAUUGGAGUUGGUGCUGUCAACACAGUUUUUACUGCUCUCUCUGUAUUCCUCGUGGAGAAGGCAGGGCGGCGCUCUCUGUUUCUAAUCGGAAUGAGUGGGAUGUUUGUUUGUGCCAUCUUCAUGUCAGUGGGACUUGUGCUACUGAAUAAAUUGCCUUGGAUGAGUUACAUGAGCAUGACAGCCAUCUUCCUCUUUGUCAGUUUUUUUGAAAUUGGACCAGGCCCCAUCCCCUGGUUCAUGGUGGCUGAGUUUUUCAGUCAAGGACCACGCCCUGCUGCUUUAGCAAUAGCUGCGUUCAGCAACUGGAUCUGCAAUUUCAUUAUAGCACUGUGUUUCCAGUACAUUGCGGACUUCUGUGGACCUUAUGUGUUUUUCCUCUUUGCUGGUGUGGUCCUGGCCUUUACUCUGAUUACAUUUUUCAAAGUUCCAGAAACCAAAGGGAAGUCCUUUGAGGAAAUCGCAGCAGAGUUCCGAAAGAAGAGUGGUUCAGCCAAAGCACCAAAAGCUGCUGUAGAAAUGGAAUUCCUUGGAGCUACAGAUACUGUGUAAAGAUAACCUGCUUUUGGAAAUGAACAGAAACAAGGAGGAAGCAGUGUUUUUUAAAUGACUUUUUUUUUUUUGAGAAUUUUAUAUCUACAUCUUAAAGUACUGUUUUAUUUUUUAAAGAGAUUUUAUAGUCUUUGAUCAGAAAUGUCAUCAAAUGUUACAAAGAAAGUAUUUUUUUAACUUCGAGAAUCUGUUUUGGGUGGUAAGACUCUAUAAUUAAGUAAACCAAAAAGUCUAGCUCAUUUUGCUACGCUAAAUGGCAAGUACAUUCUAAUGUUUUUAAUUCUGUCCUUUAUAACAAGACUGUGCUGAAAUUGAAGCAGUUUCAGUCUUAUUGCUUCAUUAAGCAUGUGACUAGAAACCUGAAGACACAACCAAUAUUUACAUAUUUAAAUAUGAUUAAGUUGGAAUUUUCUUACCCACAGACCUCCUAUUAAUACUAAAAGAGAUAUGACUAGUGGCAGCAAGGUCCAUGUUAAAAUGGAUUACUUUUCCAAUUUUUCCC